GAAACCGCGAAGGAAAGUAGCUGAGGAGUGUACGGUGAGCAACAACGCCAUUGCAGCCGCCGGACGACAAAGUCGACCUUUUCCGGGAGACCAACGCAGGUAUUAUUGUUGGAUAUUUAUGGCGGAUUUGCCUGUGGUUUGCACAGAUAUAUUGAAGAAAGAAGAGCAUUUGUUAGUGAAACCUUCUGAGAAAUUGGAAGAGGUUAGUGUGGUUGAAUUUAUGGAGGAUGCAAUGGCUGGCAAUGGAGUUUCUCUAGGGCCUAUUACUCCUGAUACAGAAAGAGAGAAUGGGGAUUUUCCUCUUGAUUUUAAGUCUCCAAUCUCAUUGGUUUCUUCACCCAAGAAACUAGUUUGCAAUGAUGACCCAUUUGAUUGUGUGGAUCCUGGCAGCCCCUACACGCCUAAAGGGGAUGUUUUUGAUCCAUUUGCUCCAGGCCCAGAAGAAUUGGCGAUGGCUCCCUUAUGCAAGAAACGGUUGUGCAAACCAUGGGCCAGUGUUGCACGCCACCUUGAUUUCAGUUCAGCCAUUGAAUCUGAGGAAGAUGAAAUCUUUGGGAGCGAUGCAGACACCCUCUCAGAUGAAGAGACACUGUUGGAAUCUGUGUAUGGAUCUCUGUUGGAAGCUAUUGUCUUCAACCAGACUGAGGAAGUUUUUUCUGGAAUUUCAUCUCCAGAUUCCGAUUCUGAUGGUUUUAAAACACCUACUUCAGCUCCUCACCUGAAUGGAGUUGCUGAAACUUGUCCUGGUGCUCCUUUGAAGCCUACAACGAAAUUAAGAAUCAUUGAUAAGGGGUUAUGCAGGAAGCUUGAUUUCAACCUGCUUGAUGUCUGAUCAUAAGAGACUAUCACUGUGAACAACAGAGUAUUUUAACUUUUGCUUCUAGUUCUAGCUUUGCUAACUCAUAAUGCAUGAAUGCUUUUCCUUGCUGAUUUUGAGACCUUGAACAUUUCUGCCUCUAAAGUAUGUACUUGUGAUUCUGAGGGAAUAUGCUUUACCUGUAAACGAUUCUACCUGACCAAGUCUAUACUAUAGUAACAUUGUAUAGUAGUUGUUGUCAUGAACUGAACUCUGUAAAUCAGCAAGUUUUCCUCUCUUUUCAAGAAAAUUAAUCUAUGUUUGCACCCUAUGGUGUCUGUUGUUUC